AUGAAGUCAGACCAAGUCCGACCGGUCGACAAAGCUGACGUUGAAGGCAAAGAAGAUUUCACGGUCGAGAUUCCCCGAUUGAAGAGCAAUGUCCCAAUCUACAUGUGCCGACCGGACAAUACGAAGGAGUUGAUCGCGGAGGUCAAUCUCUGGAGCAUGGGGGUCCGGUACAACCUGCAUAGACUUCUCGGGGAUGGGCCUCAGCUCUACGUCGUGAAUGCAUAA